GAGCCGCCGCCAUUUUGGUUUCGUUAUCUCGCCUGGAGCGGGGCCGAAGCAGCGGCGGGUCGUCGGCUCCCGCCCGCGCGGGCGGCCAGGAGGAUGCGGCACGGAGGGAGUUUGACGUCUCUGCUGUGGUGAGGGUGGCGAGUGGCGCCUGCCGGCGGCGGGACGGAACUGAGCCGAGCGAGGCGCGGCUGCCGCUCACGGUCUUUUCUCCUCCUGAGCGGUGGCUGGUUCCCUCGGCGCUGAGGAGAUGGACGCUGGAGCCCGUCCCGGCGGCGGCGCUCCAGGGCAGUCCCGCGAGUACAAGCUGGUGAUGUUGGGCGCCGGCGGCGUCGGCAAGAGCGCCAUGACCAUGCAGUUUAUCAGUCACCGAUUUCCAGAGGAUCACGAUCCCACAAUUGAGGACGCUUAUAAAAUACGAAUACGCAUUGAUGAUGAACCAGCAAAUCUGGAUAUUUUGGACACCGCAGGACAGGCAGAGUUUACAGCCAUGAGAGACCAGUACAUGAGGGCUGGCGAGGGUUUUAUCAUCUGUUACUCGAUCACAGACCGACGCAGUUUCCAUGAAGUGCGUGAGUUCAAACAGCUUAUUUAUCGUGUUCGGCGCACUGAUGACACUCCUGUGGUCCUAGUGGGAAAUAAAUCUGAUCUGACACAGCUGCGGCAGGUCUCCAAAGAAGAAGGCGCUGCUUUAGCACGAGAAUUCAACUGCCCUUUUUUUGAAACUUCAGCUGCAUACCGUUACUAUAUUGAUGAUGUAUUUCAUGCUCUUGUGCGAGAAAUCCGUAGGAAAGAAAAAGAAGCAGUAAUGGCAAUGGAAAAAAAAUCCAAACCUAAAAGCAGCGUGUGGAAAAGACUAAAGUCACCAUUUAGAAGGAAGAAGGAUUCAGUCACUUGAAUUCUUCUGCAAAAUGAAACAAAAUCUGUGAACAGCCAUUUGUAACCAAAGCGGUUUAGGGACAACAUUUUGGCAGGAUGUUUUAAAUCUGAUGGGACUUUUAUCAGAGAGGGUAUAAUAUCUACCAAUUACUUCUGUUUAAAAUUAUAUUCCCCUAAUUUGGAUUUUUUUACUCAUGACAUAGCAGUGAUUUUGCUUUUAUUUGUAUUUUUGACUGGAUCCAACAAAUGUUACUCGCAUGUUGUUGGUUACAAAUGCUGAUAGAUUUGUGUCCCUGCACUUUUGAAUGUUUGUCUUUGGUCACUGCGUACUGGAAGUUGAAUUGUUUUAAAAAACUGUUGAACUCCUUGCCAGCAUAACUUAAUUCAUGUUUUUUUCCUAGUUGUUUGCACAACAAAAUUUUGCUGCUUUUUGGAACAGUAACCUACAUCACGAGAGAUGCUUGCUGAGGUCAUGGUGAAAAGUAGUCUACAAAAUGCACGUCAUGACUAAAAGUCUAGGUUAUGUGUAGAUGUCAGUGUAGAAUUCUUGUGUUCUCAUUGAAUAGAAUUUUUCCAACAAAUAGUAAGUAAUGUGGAAUACACAAGUUUAGUGCACAAGUAAUGUGGAAUAUACAAGUUCAUCUAAAAUUAUCAACAUUAAUGCAAUGUUGUAAUUGGGCUUCUAAACAAGUCAGAAAAACAAGUUAUGGUUCCUAUGGCAGCUAUAGUUUGGCAACAGUGCAUAAAUACAUAGUGUUUUCCUACUGUAUGUAGCAUUUAUUGUGUUACCAUAACACCUGUGAUAAUUUGACACUGUAGAUGCACUAGAAACUACAGCUUUGAAUUUUCUGACUUGCUUGUUAAAAUCAUAGUUGUAAUGUUGUAGUGGCUUAUUUGUUUACAUUAAAUUUUACAUUAUUUUCUUAAAGGAGCCAGUAUCGUUGUUAGGUAGAAAUCUCUAAUAUAGUAAUUUCAAAUUACUUUGAUAACUGCUUUGUAAAGAAGAUGACUGAAACUGAGCAUUGCAGAUAUUUUGCCCCAGAGUUAAUACUAAUUCUGGUAAGAUUCUUCCAGCGCGGUCGUAAGAGUAGAACUAAUGAUACAGCAGAGAAAAACAAGUGGCUGGCCACAGUGACUGUCCUGAUAGAUGUUCACGUCUCUGACCUUACUUAUGUAUACAGUUCAGUCAGCGCAUGUGGAGAUUUUUUUUUAUGCUCAGUAAACAAUCGUUUGGUUAAGAAAGCAUUUUAAAGACAGAUUCUCCAUGUAUAGCCGAUCUUUUCUGCUUUGAGAUGAUACAUCAGCUCUAGAAUUUAAAUCCAGAGCUGAUGUCCAAAUGCAAAAAGAUCACCUAACAGGAAGGUGUUCUUUUUGAUUUUGUUUUUUAGGAGUACAAUGAAUCACAGUUAGGCAACUCACAUGGUUAAAACAACCAGAAUUAAGUGCCUGGAAUCUUUCAGUUUAAGAGCAAAAGAGCUUAACUGACUCUAAACGUAGUAUAGCUUAUGUUAUUCUUUGAUCAUCCAUGUUGGUGAUUAUGCUGAUCUCGUUGAUCAGAAAUAAAAUCUGUAAUGUCAGUCUUACCGUGCUGCGUAUGAUAGUACAAUCGAAGUUCAAAAUGAAGCUACUUAAGUUCAUGUGUGAAAUGAUGGAGUAGAAUAAGCAAGGAUAGCAGAUGUAUAAACCGUUAGGCUUUCUUGCUAAACUCUAUAGUAUUUAGGAGGCCACUGGAAAUCCUAAGCCUGGUGCUUCUAAGAAUAUUUUCUGUGUGAUAACAAGAAAAUUGGAGGGGGGGGGAAUAUUCUUUAUGUUAUGUUUGUACCUGUACUGAACAUUUAUAUUGCUUUCUGUUUCUCACUUCCAAAGCUCCAGUGUUACGCUGCAUUAGCAAAAAUUUUACAAACUCCAAUUGAAAAAGAGAUUAAGUAUAAUUUGGAAUGUAUAGAAUAUAAGACCUCUUUUGAAAGUAACUGUGUGAGCAGGUGUGUACAUCUGCUCCAUAGUUACCAGUUUAGAACUUAAAGCCCUACUAGUCAUUCAUUGUUGGAUUAAAUGCUGUCUAUAACUCUUUGAUGAAAAUCUUAGGAAAACUUUCUGGCAGAAAUUUUGAGCUGAAAGAGGGGACAGCAACUAAUAUGCUGCUUUAAAAGCAGUGGCUUGUUACUCUAAAUCAGCUUUCUGGAAAUGUUAAAUAGAGGCCUGAUUAUGAUGGCAAGUUUUCCUCAUGCUUUUCCUUGAGACAUUAUUUUAACAUAUUAUAUUAGUCAAUUCCCGCAUUUGAAAUUUUCAGAUAAUAAGAAAAGAUAACCUGCCAGCAGAACCGAAAGCUGUAUGGGACUAAUAUUUAUUUUCACCUUUAAAUAACUGGUAUCUCUGCCUUACAUUAUUUCUUCAAUGCAGUUAAGUGUUUACUGAUGCCCUUUGUGAGUCUGUUGCUUACAGAAUUUUUAAAUCAGAACAGCAGCAAGCACUUUUUUUACAGUGUUAUUCAAGAAGAGUUUUAUUUUUGUCAUAUAUAAAUUUGUAUGCAGAAUUAUUUGUAUGCAGAAUUAUUGUUUUAUUUGACGCAAUAUAGAAAUUUUAAUACAA